AUGACCGACACUACUACAAAUAUGUCAGCACUUAAAGGCGCCACAGCGCCAAUCCACUUUGGCUCGUUCCUAGUCUUCCACACGACCCCCCUCACCUUCGCAUUGGUAAACCUCAAACCGAUCCUCCCCGGCCAUAUCCUUGUAUCACCCCGCCGUGUCGUUCCCCGCGUCUCAGAUCUGACCCCCGCUGAGACAAGUGAUCUCUUCCUUACAGUGCGGCGCGUGGGCCGAAUGGUCGAGCGGGUAUAUGGCGCCUCGAGUUUGAAUAUUGCGGUUCAGGAUGGUGUGGAUGCAGGGCAGAGCGUGCCCCACGUUCAUGCGCAUAUCAUCCCACGGAAGGCGGCUGAUUUGGAUCAUCGGGGUGGAACAGAUGCUGUUUACAAUAUGCUUGAUGGGGAGGAGGGGGAUGUUGGCAAGGCCUUUAGGGAUACUAAUGGGAAUGAGGGAUUGAGACCUGAGACUGAAAGACCACAGAAGAGAACAAGGUUCCCCGCCGUGGAUAAUGAGGCGAGAAAGCCGAGAACUCAGGAAGAAAUGGUUGCCGAGGCGGAAAUGCUGGCUCGAGAGAUGGAGAAGGAGCCUGUUGAUUGA